AUGGAAGUAUCCAUGCAAAUAAAUAGUAUUAUCAGUACAUCGUUUGGAAAAUUGGUUCAAUUCAAUCAGAAAGAAGGCUGUAAACAGAAGAUUUUUGGGCACAAAACUGUGAUCUCAUGUCAUCAGGCUGCUAGAACCCUGCAAAAUGGAAGGGCAGCCAACUUUUACGAAAUACUUUCUCUUGAUUCCUCCCAAUUCAUAGGUCCUGAAGAAAUCAAGAAAGCCUAUCGAUGCAAAGCUCUUAAGUUCCAUCCUGAUGCUUGCCCUCCCUCGGCAAAAGAAGAGUCGACUAAGCGAUUUCUUGAGCUAAGAAUGGCGUAUGAGACAUUAUCUGAUCCAAUUUCACGAAAAUUGUACGAUCAUGAGCUUAGUUUGCUUGAUGUGGAGGGAAGAAAAACGCAUGGGAUGAAUUGUUGCACGGGAAAUAAGGUUUGGGAGAGGCAAAUCACUGAACUGAAUAAGCGAUCAAGGCAGAAAAUUGAGAGGAGGAAUGCAAUGGGAAUGUAG